AUGCAGCUAUCCCGGCUGUCGCGGAAGCCCCACCGAGCCUCCGGCAUCGGAGUCGAUGCCGUUUCCGGCCGUGCCGCGCCAGAAUCGCGCCUCCGAGCUGCUAGGGAAGCCAUGUGUGUGCCUGUGUGUGUUUGUCUCGACCUCUGGUGCCGCGAUGCGCUCCCGCAGGGCCUGUUCGGGACCGGGGAGAGCAUGGGGGCGUCGAGCAGCAAGGGCUGGGUCCCGGGCACCCCGGACACGCCCAAGAAGCUCAGCUCGAGUGGCUACGACAUCACGCCGAUGACGACUGCGGAGAGGGACGCGGCCGCCGCGGGUCUGCCGGACAUUGCCAAGUACGUGACGCUGAAGGCCGGCACGGAGCGAGCGUUCACGGGCCUGACCGUCAACGGCUACCCGCACGACAACAAGAAGAAGGGCGUCUACGUCUCCGCCAUCAGCGGAGUCCCCCUGUUCUCGUCUGACACGAAGUAUAACAGCGGGACGGGCUGGCCCUCGUUCUUCGCCCCGAUCGACCCGGAGCACGUGAUCGAGGUCGAGGACCGCAGCAUCCCGUUCAUGCCGCGCGUCGAGGUCGUGGACGCCAAGUCCGGCGCGCACUUGGGCCACGUCUUUGACGACGGGCCCAAGCCCACUGGGAAGCGGUACUGCAUGAACGCGGCGGCGCUCAAGUUCAUCCCGGAGGGCGAGGAGAUCCCGAAGUGA